GUGAAAAUAAAAAUAUUAAUAACGUUAAAAGUAUUGUUGAAAACGUAACAAAAUAAAACAAUUUUAUAACGCUGUCACUUAUAAAAAGGUUCUUAUCCAAAUGGGCACGAUCCUGAAGAAUGGAGGUCGAGUGUUGAAGGUCGAAGGAAGCGUAGGGGUGAGUUUAGUCCUUCACAGUGUAAUCCAUAGUGAAGGCCAUGACAUGUAUUGGCGGCGGGGGCGACGACGCAACUACUACAAAUAGGCCGUAGCUCCGUCGAAAGCAUCUAUCCAUGCGAGCGGACCAGUCGCGUGCUCCUUCCUUACCAGGGGUGUGUUGAAUGGCCGCGUGGAUAUGGCAGGGGAAUAUUCUGAGACGACGUAUGUACCGGAAAUCAAGGAUGCCGAGAGCAAAGAGCGAGAAAGACAACUCGUUCAAGAGGGCACGGCUAUGUGGAAGCACCAGAAGGAGGAGUUUCUACGUCAAAAACAUCGAGAACAACGAGAAUUGCGAGAGAUUCUGGAGAACUAUUCGCCUUGGGGUAAACCAGGCGGUGGUGCUCCGUGCCCAGCAACCUUAAGAAAGAAAAAUGUUCUUUUGGAGCCAUUGGAACCCAUCAAGAAUCAUAUGGCUGGUCAGGGAUGGACUAGUGAUUCGACGAUCCAGAGGCUUUUUCAUAAAAGGGACAUCGAUCCUCUGACUAUUCCAGACAUGAAUAAAUUCUUCGAUUCGAAUGUGGAACCGGAUAUUGGAUCGCAUUUACAAUCGUCAAGGGAUACAAGAAGUCUCUACAACGAGGAGGUCCAGGUGUAUAAGCUCACUGGUGGUGUAGAAUUAGUGCCGUUGUUAACUAGCAGACGUUAUCAUUCACAACCGCAGACUGUUCGCUAUCAUGUGACUGACAUUACUCGGCCAGGAUAUACGAUAGAAUCCCUGCGUUCACUCGAAAUUUCUAACAGAAAAUACAUCGCAGAGCUUGCUGAACAGAUACGAUGGAAACAAGAUAAAGCAUGCGAGGAACGUCGUGCGGAACAAGAAAGCUGCAGACGACAUUUUGAUACCUGGCGAAAGCUCUGGGGUAGACCGGGUCACGGUGCACCCAUAGAUCAUGUUCACAGAAACAAUCUUUAUAAUAUUCUUUAUCGUCCAGUUAUCUAUUGAAUUUCUACGCAACGUGCCUCGUGACUUGGAAACUUAUAAACGAAAUUGGAUACCAAUGGUAUUAGAAGGCUUUCACUGUUAUCUUCGUUAAUAUUUCAAUCCACUUUUGUAUAUAUCAUCGAAUUAGAUCUGAGAGAUUAAAAAUAACGAAAAGAAAAAAAAAUAAAAGAGAAUGUUUGCAUAUCUUGUCGAAGAACAGUCACGAAUCGAUAAACAUUUUAAAGAUUAGAUUCUUCUCGUAUUAUUACGAUGGAUCUUAGAGAAAUAAGAUAAAUCUGAAAAAGAUACUUUGUUAUCGUUUAUAUCAUGGUGAAUUGCCCGGAGAUGAAAAAGCGACAAGUUUGUCAGCAGCCUAUUAAAUUUUAUGAAAGUCUGUCGCUAGGAGCUACGAAGAGACGUUUGAUAUACCUGCACCGUGGGACGUAGAUCGCGAUUGACCAGACCUCAAAGGAGCAAUCUCGAGAGGGGAUGCAGCUCUAUCGACGGGUAUUAAAUUUCAUGAACGCCAAGGAACGAUCAUUUGAAUAUAUGUAUGGCCAGGGUUAGAAAGUGCCCUUAGUCGUUGUUGUCAAAAGAAACUGCGUCCAUGUUCGAAGGUGGAAUUUUAAGUUCUCUAAGAAUUCUUCUUGUCGCGUAGAAGAAUAUAUCCGAUCAUAAAAUUAAAUUUUUAUUUUAAAUAGUGAUCCUUGUUACAGAAAAGAACAUUUUGUGACAUUGGAAAUUUUACAUAAAGGGAGCAAUGCGAGCAUAUAAAUUAACAAAGUUUGAGCGAUUUCUUUUUAAAUAAUAUUCAAGUACGAUAGAUAUUGCUAGAAAUUGACAUUUUUUCGAUAAUUAAUAGUUUCAUGGUGGUCGCCUAUACUCGAUUCACUCGAUGUAUGUUAAUUAACAUGGACGUUAGACCGAGAACGACAGAGAGUUGUCUUACUAAUGGAGUCAUAAUUUAAUUGGGCUUACUUCAAGCGAUAUGAUUCUCGGUUUGUACCUUCAAAGGGUCAAGUGCCUCUCUAUUUUUUCUCCCUUCUCCCUAGUAAAGAGAAACAACGAAUCCUUUUCUCUUUUCUGUUUUGCUAGAAAAGCGACUCCUGGUAACCUCGCACAUUCUCUGUAGUCUCACAUUUCCCCCGCCUUUAUUCCCCUACAGACCUACUCUCACUCUCUUCUCCCCCCCUUUUCCCUUUCCUCAUUCAGCGGUAGCGCGUUGUGCAGUUAUACGAGCAACUACUGUGUUUUCCCUAUUGUCUGACUAUUGUGUACCCGUUACCACUAUGCGUCGGACCGUUUGUAUAAAGGGUGAUUCAUUUUCAGCGAAAUAUCAGUUCCUGCGCCUCAUGAAUUUCAACUCUCGCAAGCGCGUAAAACCACGCGUCCUGUAUAUUUAUCUCUCUUGCUACGCGUAUAUCCCUCUUAUUCUCUCUCUUCCGUAUCCAUUUCCCGUUACGUCUUCCGUUCUCUCUCCCUAUCACAUUACACCUCUAUCUUCUUUUACUAUCUAUGCGUUUUCUAGCGAGAUGACGUUAGCCCGAUUACUGCCCAGCGCGUGGUUUUGUGCAAGCGAGAAUCACCGGACCUCGUUACACACUUUUCCUUCCUUUUUCCAUCCUAAAUAAUUCUCUUAUCACGAUUAUUGUGAACGGAUGAAUCGUAAACCGCAUUUAAAUUUCUCGGUUCUUGCUCUGAAGCAUAGAUAACGAGUGAUAUUGGUAUUUAAUAGAUUAGAUGCGUAUUAGAUUCUUUAUUAUAAUAGAUAAGCAGGAUUAUACUGACGAAAAGUCGUAUACAACGAAUAAAUGUAUAUUAUGAUUAUAUUUCAAGAUUUUAUUCAUUAGAAAUAUACUUGUAAUCUUUACAAUAAUAUGAUUACGACGAAUGAUCCUCGUUUGCGAUGAUUCAAUCGAAUGUAAAGUUUUAAACAAGAGGAUCGAUUUAAAGUGUAGAUUUGAAAAGGAGGAUGGACGGAUAAGAAAAAUUUGCGAAUCUCGAAAGUUGCAAACCGAUAUCAGAAAUCCUCUAGAACAUCCGCGCCCACCGAAGGAAUAAUAUUUGUUCGCGGUUCCAUCGUGAUGUACGUGACGUGAUAGUAGAUGGUCUAUAUGGAUAUACCUUCAUUUACGUAUGUAUGCGUGCAUGACGUGGAACUCAUAUUCGUUCUUUCUCACGGAAUUUCCGUUCGGCUAGACAACGAAGGAUAGUAUGGCAAAUUUGAAUUUCGAUAUGCUGCGACGACUUCUCUUUUUCCAAGAUUUUUUUUUAUGCAGAUCUUUAUCAAAUCUUCACAGUAUU